AUGUCAUCUUCAUUUGGGUUACAAACCAUUUCAUUUGCAUUUUUUGGUGCUGUUUUCAUGGGUGUUUCAGCGGCUGCUUCUGUAUUCAUCUUACCUUUAUUAGCAUUAUCAUUCAUCUUUUCAGGUUUAGUUGUUGUUUUCAGUGGGUUAAGUUAUACUACGUUCAAGAUGGCUUCAUCAAAAUAUAAUAGAACUGUGUUAUUAUUGAAUAAGUUAUUAAGAAAAUUAGCUGAUACUAUUCCACCUUCUGUUGGGUUUCAAGAAGUUUCACAAGAAAAAAAGACAAUCUUUGGUGAUUUUAUUACUUUGCCAUCUUUAAAUUUAUUAGAAAGAUUUGAAUCUCUACAAUCAAGAUUAAACGGUAUUUUCAGAUCAAAUGAUGAAAAUGAUUCUUCUGUUAUCAAAUCCAAGGAGUUAAAUGGUAUUGAUUUGAAUCAACAAGGUCCAGAUCCAGAAUCUUUCCAAAUUGAAAAUCAACCAAAUACAGUUAUUGAUUCAGAUGCUCCAAUAAUUUAUGAUGAUCGUUUCGAUAAUGAAAAUGAUGAUACACUGAAUGAUGAAUUAGAACAAGAACAAGAAGAUAUACCUUUAUUGAAUGGGAAUGGUGAUUCAACGAAUACACCAAAUCCUUCACCUAUUGAUCAAGCUAUUAAAGAUGGAGAAAUUGAUCAAAUUGGCGGUAAUAAUAAUUAA